GCCGCCUCCUCCCGCAGCUCCGGCCCGCGCCAGCCAGACAAGGGCACGCAGGGCCUCGCCGAGAGCCGAGAGGGCUGCGGGCGCGCGCAGGCGGCGGAGCGGACCCCGGCGCGCGGACGCUUGGAGCCCCCUCGCGGAGGUCGCCGCGCCGUCCCCGGGUAAAUCUGCCUGCUGCUGACUUCAGAAUUCUUACUUCUGGCUUUUAAAUUUUUUCUUUUUAAAAUAACUUGGACGGAUAAAAGAUGUGCCAUGGCAGGAUAGCACCAAAGAGCACCUCAGCGUUGGCCGUGGCCUCCGUGGGACAUGGAGUGUUCCUUCCGCUGGUGAUCCUUAGCACCCUCUUUGGAGACGGACUUGCCUCAGUGUGCUCCCUGCCCCCGGAGCCAGAGAAUGGUGGCUACAUCUGCCACCCCCGGCCUUGCAGAGAUCCCCUGAAUGCGGGCAGCGUCAUCGAGUAUCUGUGUGCCGAGGGCUACGUGCUGAAGGGCGAUUACAAGUACCUGACCUGUAAGAAUGGGGAAUGGAAGCCAGCCAUGGAGGUCAGCUGCCGUCUCAACGAGGACAAAGAUGCCCACACAUCCCUCGGGGUCCCCACGCUGUCCAUAGUGGCUUCCACCGCCAGCUCCGUGGCACUCAUUCUCCUCCUUGUGGUGCUGUUUGUGCUGCUGCAGCCGAAGCUGAAGUCCUUCCAUCACAGCAGGCGCGACCAGGGGGUAUCUGGCGACCAGGUGUCCAUCAUGGUGGAUGGAGUCCAGGUUGCGCUACCGUCAUAUGAGGAAGCUGUGUAUGGCAGUUCCGGUCACUGUGUGCCACCUGCUGACCCCAGGGUACAGAUUGUGCUGUCCGAAGGAUCUGGGCCCGGUGGAAGGAACGGGCCAAGGGAGCAGCAAUUGCAGGACCAGGGGGCCUGUUCCUCUGCAGGUGGAGAGGAGGAGGCCCCAGGCCAGUCUGGACUGUGUGAAGCCUGGGGCUCUCAGGGCUCAGAGACUGUGAUGGUGCAUCAGGCAACCACCUCUUCCUGGGUGGCCGGCUCAGGGAAUAGCCGAGUGGCAUACAAAGAAGCCCCAGAUUCAGAGAACAGUGACAUACAAAGCCUUUUAUCCCUCACAUCGGAGGACUACACAGAUGAUAUCCCACUGUUGAAAGAAGCAUGAGUGCUGCCAUGGGCCUCUCCUCUCUGCGACGGUCCUCUCUGCCCUUCUUCCCUCUCCCUGUGGGUUUGAGCACCCUGUACUCCAGCCACCCUACCCAGAUACCUGAGCUACCACCUGUGUAUCUGUGUAUCUCUGGAUCUCUGAGGACCUCCAGGUCCACCUUGCUGGAAACUCAAGGAAGAGUCUCAUCAUCUGCCUGCUGGACAGCUGGAGGAGUUGGCAUUUUGCCUAGCCUGACCUUCCCAUCUGUGUCGGGGACAUAUUUGAAUGUGCUGGACUGAACCCUUCCUUUCCUUGAGCCCUCGGGGUCCCCUGCAGCCAGCUCUUUGGCGGCAGACCCCACCAGCCCACGCGGGCCCAAGAGCCGCUGUGUUUACUUGUGCCUUCCCCUCCAACCCAUCCAAUUUCCCUGUCAUGCAGGCUUGUUGCUGUCCUACAAGCCUUUGUGGCUGCACUGCUGCCCUCUGCCAUACAGGGGGCUGGGCCUGGGGCACGGGCUGGCUUGUUACCUUUGAGGGCUGGCGUUGCUGCCCUUAGCAGGAGCAGAUCCAAAGGUGGCUCUCGUUAGGGCAAGAAUGUGGGUCCCCGGGCCUUCCCUUGGUUGACACCAGUGGCACAUUUCUUUGGCUGAGGUUGGAGGGUGUGGAACAUCAUGCCAAAGCUAUCCCAGCACCCAGCUGUCCAUCUCAGAGGGGCUGGCUCCUGCCCUUUUGAGUUUCCAAGAAGCUCUGAAAAGUUCCUGAGGGAGGGAGGGAAGGUGGCUGAUAAGGAUUGUCUUCCUGAGAUGCAAGUUCUCCCUUCUACUUCCAGCAUUGGCCUUCUUGGCCUUGGUUUCUUCUGUUUCACUGGAGUGUAAGGGGAAGCAGCCUGCCGCCUCCUAGGCUUGAUCCUUGGCAGCCUCCGCUUCCUUGCUGCCCACAGGGGCCUGAGGUGAAUCAUCGCUGGGAUGGGAGAGUUGCUGAGGUGCCACAGAAUGCCCUUGUGGCCACUGGCAUUUGGGGCAGGUUGCCCCGUUCUGGGUUCGUGGUGACGAAAGGGAGCCUGAGAGGCACAGACCGAAUCCCCAGGCAGCUGCAGGCGGCUCCAGUCCCGGUCCUGAGGGUCCUCGUCACCACAGUCAUGUGCCUUAGUAACUGUGCCCAGGAAGCGUGCUGCUGCUUGCUGCACCGCUGCUUUUCCUCCUUGUGUUUUCCCCUGCCACCCUUCCACACGUCACAACUGACAGAUGACUCCCUGGUCUUCCCCGGCGCCUGGGGGAGGGGCUGACAGUCCUCUACACCCCACCUUGCUGGUCUGCAGCGGGCCAAGGCUUGCCUAGCAGCCUGGCUCUGAGGCCCUGGUGUUGAAGGGGGUGGGGUCCAUGCUCCCAGAUGCUUUUGCUGACAGGCUUUCGCUGUGCCACCUGUGAAUGCUGACCAGCACGGGGGUGCAGAGCUCAGCCAGGCUCCUGCCAUCCUCAAAAGACGUGGCAUUAAGGAAUGCUUAUUUCUGUUUUGUUUUUGAAGCCCUGGGGCUGGAAGUCUUGGAGCUGACCCUGCCGGCACUUCUGCUCCUGCCUGAGCCACUCUGCUUGGGGUGGUGAAUACAAUAAAGAACCCAGUAUAUUUUCAGUACCUGACCUAACAGGGUAGCUCCAGGCUUGGAUGGCCGUAAAGAUUAGGGAAAUGGCCUCCUCUCAGCCUCCUGCGUCACUCUCACACGCACUUUACUACCCGCUCGUUCCCAGUCUCUCGGCACCACUAUAGUCUUCCUUCGCUCAGGGUAAGGGCAGUGCCUGCUGGGCCUACGAGCACCCCCACAUCUCUCUCCUUCCCCACCCAGGAGCCCUUGCAUGCUGUGUGUAAAGCCCUAGCCAUUGUGGUCCUAUAUGGAACAGGUUGGUGAAGGUGCUAGAACACACAAGCCUCUGAAGGACCUGCAAAAAACCAGGGGGCCCGUCCUGGGCCUCUGAAGAGGCCGUUUUCAGAGACAUAUCUGCCAGCAGUUGCUGGUACUGGGCCCACCUGGAGGGUGGGGUCCCCGUGGACCCUAGUCGCCUCAUCACGCACAGGCUCUCCUUUACCCACAGGGAUGCCCUUGUCUUCCUCCAGAAAAGAAAGCAGGGACAAAUGGUAGAGGGAUCCAGAGUCUCACUGUUGGGCCUGCAACCUGAAUAAUGAUCUAAGAUAUAUUUUAAAAUGGAAGAUCUUACCCUUUUUUAUAUCAUUACUCUGGGUUAGCCCCCCUAAGAGAUUGCGCUAUUUGUUUUGGGUUUAUUCAGCCACAGAGGUGACCAGCUUAGCCCUUGAAAAAAAAUGAAAAGCCUUUCUUCUGAAGCUUUCUUCCAUCUCACCCACCAUUAACACCAUCCUGGGGAUCACAAGCCCAGACUUGCCUACCUGGUAGGAAAGGGAGUCUGGAUAAAUGGGAACCUAGUGCAUACACACCCCCUCACACCCUCUCCCCUUCCCUGCAUCACUGGCUUUGCUGAGGCCCCCCUCCCAUGUCCCGGAAGCCGCUGGGCCUGUGGUGGGAGGAGUCCAGGCCUCCCAUUUACCUUGCACUUCUCUAGAGCAGUUUCUUAGCCAGGUGCUGCUAUUUCUAGGGUUUCUGGGAUUUGUCCCUUUCAGGGGAUUAGGGACUCCACAGCUGCCUCGUGGUGGAACCUGGCUGAGAGGGGCCGUGGCAGGAUGUCUGGCAGGAGGCUGCUGAAGGAACCUGGAGCAGGUGGAAAAAACUGCCCAGGGCCUGGCCUUCCAGGGCUCACCUCUAGGGGAGUCCAGCAGAGGGCUUGUGCAGGAGAAUGGCCCACACCAAAGGACUACAAGUGUCUUUUUGCACACAUGAGCUGACCCAGCGCAGGUUUUAUAUCUGGUGACUUGCAGUCACGUGCCAGCGACUUUCAAGGGCCAGUAUGUGGUGAAAAUCACUUAAGAUUUCCGUCCCUUUCAAUGCCUUAGUUUAGUAAAUAGGCUUUCUCUUUUGCCAUUUCUGGAUUUUGUGUGCUUUGUUCCCGUUUCACUGGUGUGAACUGUGAAAUGGACUGAGUCCUAGCCACUUUGCAAAUUCUUUUGGCUUUACAAGGCAUUUCAAUGUGCAUUCUACUAACACUCCAUUUGCAAACAGAACUUAAGCUAAUGUCUUAUUCAGGCCUUCCUGCCUUCCUGCUUUCCUUCCUUCUCCCCCUCCCCCUCCUCUCCCCUCUUCCCCCAGCUGUCAAGUUCUGUGGAGAAGCCUGAUGGCAAGACAGACAAAGGUAGAUUUUUCCUGCUUCUUUAGUGCUGGCACAGGGAUCCACAGGCACUUGUCCUCUCCCUUCCCAGUCCUGCCUGAGGUCUCAAACCACCUGCUUGCCACACAACAAUGUCUCUUCCAUUUGCAGGGAACAUCGUCACAUAGAAGAUGGGAUAUGCUGCAAACACUUCUACAUCCUUGCCUUUCUUUCCUCUUAAAAAGAAUAAAGGACCCAGAAGGGAAGAGGUACACAGGCUUUAUAGCUUAAUUCCAGAUGUGCUUGCUGAGGAUGGUGACGCUGGGGGCUUCUUUCGGGGGGGCCCUGCUGGGGCCUCUGGCUCUCAGCCGAGGGCCAGUCAUUACUGGUGCCCAGGAAGGGUCUGAAAGAGAUUUUGCUUGGCAGAAGCAUGGGCUGAGUGGUAGAGUUAGUAGCUGAUUCCCUGGACAGAGAAAGGCAGCAGGCUCAGCUUUGCUGGGAAGCAGCUCCUCUUAAUCUCCAGUUGAAAACCUAGUAGAAUUUUGAAUGAAAACCCCAAGGUUGAGCCCUCUGUCUGGCAGCAGAGCUAACUGGAGGGCAAGUAGGGGGCCAAGCACUCAGAUUGCCAAGCAGGAGGAGAAACGGAUGAGGGUUGCAAGGCAGCCCACCACACCCUGCCCUGGCUUCUUAUUACACCACUAUGGAAUCCUUUGCAGAAUGGUACUCGUAUAUAAUGGUUUCAAACGACACAUGCAUCAUUGACUCUGUGCAGGAUGUCACUCAAUCAGUUUGGGUUUGCUUUAUUUUAUUUUAUAUAUAUAUUUUUUGGUAUCCUGUACAUUGCAGUGGGUGUGAAGAUAGUAUUUUAAUAUUUGUACAAAGUUUAAUUUAAUUUUAAUUGUUCUAUGUAUAUAACUGCAUUUCUAAAUAAUAAUUAAAAAAAGGUUCUUAUGAAGGCA